GACUGGCAGAUCUAUUCUAGAGUUUUAAGCUCGACAGUUGCAUUCUCUGAUUUUAAAUGCCGGGUGACGUAAUACACCUAAACGUUGGUGGGACCAGGUAUUCAACUUCAAGGCAAACACUAACAUGGAUUCCAGACUCUUUCUUCACAAGCAUGCUAAGUGGAAGAAUUUCAUCCCUAAAGGAUGAAACUGGAGCUAUAUUUAUAGACAGAGAUCCAAAACUGUUUUCUGUAAUACUGAACUUUAUGAGAACCAAGGAAGUUGAUUUGAGGGAUAUGGACUUGUCAACACUACGACAUGAGGCAGAAUUCUAUGGUAUCACCCCCCUUGUGCGUCGUCUUGGAUUGUGUGAAGACCUAGACCAGGCAUCAUGUGGAGACGUUCUUUUCCAUGGAUAUCUCAGACCUCCAAAUCCUCCUGUCCCAGAGAAACUUGACCGUCAACAUUCCCAGUCUGUAGCCAGUAUGGAGAGUGUGGGUAGUGUAGGACAGAGAAUAUCUGACCCAACAGGAGCCAACAGCACACAUUCCAGGUCAUCCUCAGCAGACAGUCAUCAUCAACCAUUACUAGCAGGCCAGUCCAUUGAAGGGGUCCCCGCCCGACAUUCCAUGUGUGACUUCCGCACUAUCAGAUGGGACACACCCAUGCUCCCUACAGUGCGAGCUGUCCGAGAUCCUCUACGUAUCAGCAUGGUGAAGGGCCACCACAACUGGAUCUGUAUAGCGUAUCCACAUUUCAUCUCCUGUUUCAGGAUGAAGGACUCGACAGGCUGGCACCUGAUAUGGACUAGUCCCUACAUGAUGUGUCCAGUAGAGAGAAUCGCUAUCAAUGCCAAAGUCCUCAACCCUAAUCAGGAUAACACCAAUAAAAUGGUGGCCGCCUCCUAUGGUACUGACAUCCAACUUUGGUCUGUGUCUGAUGAUGGUUCAAGUCGUGAAAUAGGAGUGUUCACUCUGAACGUGUCCGUAGGUUCUCUUUUCUUUAUUGGAAGUCAGUUAGUGGCUCUUAGUCAGACAGGCAAGGUUGGAGUGUGGCAUGCUAUGACCCAUAAUUGGCAGAUACAGGAUGUCAUUCCGAUCUCAAGUUACGAUACAGCUGGCUCAUUCCUCCUACUUGGUUGUGAAAAUGGAUCUAUUUACUAUAUAGACAUGCAGAAGUUCCCGCUGCGUAUGAAGGACAAUGAUCUGCUGGUAACAGAGUUGUACCGUGACCCAGCUAAUGACAUGGUGACAGCACUGAGUGUAUAUCUCACACCCAAGACAAGUUUGAGUGGAAACUGGAUAGAGAUUGCCUAUGGUACAAGUUCUGGGACUGUUCGUGUGAUUGUACAACACCCUGAAACUGUUGGCCAUGGACCUCAGCUAUUCCAAACCUUCACUGUUCACCGCAGUAGGGUCACCAAGGUUAUGCUGUCAGAGAAAAAUCUUGUAUCUGUUUGUUCAGAAUACAAUCAUGUAAGGACCUGGAGUGUUACAAGGUUUCGUGGAAUGAUUUCAACACAACCAGGAUCCACACCCCUCGCUUCUUUCAAAAUUAUCUCGCUUGAUGAUAUGGAUUCUCAGAUCAGUACACACACCGGCACAGACUUUGGACCUUUUGGUGAACAGGAUGAUCAGCAGGUAUUUAUCCAGAAGGUUGUACCAGACACUGAUCUGCUGUUUGUACGUUUGUCCUCAUGUGGCAAAAGGGUCUGUGUGAUUAAGUCAGUAGACGGCAGCACCAUCAGUGCUUUCUGUGUACACGAGUGUGAGGGUUCAAACAGAAUGGGGUCACGACCUCGUCGUUACCUGUUCACCGGACAUUCAAAUGGCAGUAUACAGAUGUGGGAUCUAACAACUGCAAUGGACUUGUUGAACAAAGCAGAACAAAAACAAGAAGUAACCCUGGGCGGCCCCACCCCUGGUGAACUGAUCCGUCUACUUGACCAGUGUGACUUAUCAUCACGAGCCUCCACUCCUUGUGUAAGUCCCUGCCCAUCUGUCCUCCUUGUGCCUCCCUGCAGUCAGGGGUAUCGUGGUGGCCACCAUUCCACAUCAACAGCUAAUAUGGCGAGGGAGAUGUCCCAGGAUGGGGCUGAGCUAGGCGCAGUAGGAGGAGUGGAAGAUGGGGCCAGUGCUUUACAUAUGGACACCCAAGUCACUCGUAUCUGACAGAUUUUGUCAAUUUUAUCCAAUUGCCGACAAUGUGGAUAUAGCUUGGACAAGCAGUGCUGAGCAGACUAACUCACUCUUGACAUGCUUAAUGUUUUGGUUGUUAUCAUUUUAAAAUUAAUUUCUUUUUUAGAAAGUUAAGUAUUUGAGGCAUUAAUAUCUGGUGGUACUUAAUAAAGUGAGUAGACUUGGAUGAAUGGUCACCAUGGUUGUACCUUAUACAGGAAGUAGACUUGGCUGUAUGGUAACCAGGGUUGUACCUCAAACAGAAAGUAGAGUUGGCUGUAUGGUCACCAGGGUUGUACCUCUUGCAGAAAGUAAGCUUGGCUGUAUGGUAACUGGGGUUGUACCUCAAACAGCCUCAUAUGGGAAGUAAGCUUCACUGUAUGGUCACAAGGGUUGUACCUCAAACAGGAAGUAGAGUUGGCUGUAUGGUCACCAGGAUUAUACCUCAUACAGGAAGUAAGCUUGACUGUAUGAUUACAAGAGUUGUACCUGAAACAAGAAGUAAGCUUGACUGUAAGGUCACAAGGGUUGUACCUCAGACAGGAAGUAGAUUUGGCUGUAUGGCCACCAGGGUUGUACCUCUUGCAGAAAGUAAGCUUUGCUGUAUGAUAACCAGGGUUGUACCUCAAACAGGAAGUAGACUUUGCUGUAUGGUCACCUGGAUUUUACCUCAUACAGGAAGUAAGCUUGACAGUAUGGUUACAAGAGUUGUACCUGAAACAGGAAGUACAUUUGGUGGUAUGGCCACCAGGGUUGUACCUCAUACAGGAAGUAGAUUUGGUGGUAUGGCCAUCAGGGUUGUACCUCAUACAGGAAGUAGAUUUGACUUUUUAACUACUAGUGGACAAGGGUUGUAUGAUCUAAAAUCUACCUUGUUGUACAAGGUUGUUAGUACAUUUGAAUGUGAAAUAUUGAGGUAGUUAUUUCAAGUUGUGAGAUAUCUAAAAACAGAGCAUGAGGAGUAAUGAAACCCUUUCCUGCUGGGUUUUUUCAACUAGCUGCCCUUCAGUCCCCAGCUAGACACUGUACCACCUGUAUAAGGGAAAUUGCCCCUAGACAAGGCUACUAAAAACACUGGAACUUUCAUAUCCUCCAAGAGGAACAAAGAUGUUUUGUAUUAUUUUCAUGGCAUUGAUGUCACCAAUGUUUUAACUUGAUGAUUUAUCCUUAACUGUGAGAUUACUGAUGUGGUUUUGUUUGUAAAUAGCUUCUCUCGACACUUUGACAAGACUUCUUCCUUGUUGGCUAGUAUCACUGUCCUGUGCAAAUUUUUAAUGUGUGAAAUUGGCUUUACGUUAUUAUUUUCAAAAUGAAAUUUUAAAAGUUUUCUCUGCCAAAUCUAGUCUGUAUAAAGAUAGUACAGCAUAUCAGCUGAUAAACAGCAGUAUAUAGUGCUGUCACUAGUUUCCUUUAGGAAGACGUUACAUGUGAUAGUGAUUCUCUGAUGUUGUUCUCAUGUAUAACCACAUUUUGAAAUUAAUAUUUUCUUUCAAAGACCGUUGUUAUUUGAUCUCAUUUUGAGUAUUUAAGAUAGCAUAAUAUGAUCUAUGGUUGUUGAACUUGACCAAUGCAAGUGUAUUAGUUAACUGGCAUGAGAUCUGAUGAUGUAUGUUUUUAAUAAUUCUGUAGUGCCAUAGACAUGAAUACAGUAUGUUACAUAUGUCUUGUUUUAAAGCUCAGUUGUGAAGAUCAGUCAACUGGACUCUGUAACAGGGUAAUGGUUCUGUGAAUAGUAUUUACCACAGGACAAGUAGGAGAGAAGGUUUUAUCUGAUGCUUUUUGCAGUAACAGUGGAAGGUGACAACAUGAUUAUUUCUGUUACAAAGUUUUCAAUUAUAUUGGCAUAGAAUUAACCAUUAUCAUUUUUUGUACAAUGAUGUCUAUAAUUUAAACACCACAAAUAAACUCCUGGUGAUUGUGAUUUUUUAUGCUAUCAAAUGCAUGGCACUAGCAGAAUUUUAGAGAAGUAUUGAGAAAUUAUUGUUUAGUUUAUUGUAAAUUGCCCUAAGUUUGUUGUAGCUAUAAUUACCAUUUUUGUAUGGAUAUCCCCAGAACAACGAUUUAUUGGACCUGUGUGUAUGAUGUUUAUGUUGUUUAGUGUCACUACCGUGACCCAUUGUAGAUUUAUUCACAUAUCACUGACCUCAAAUUUCUCCUGGUUUUAUCUGGGGAGCAUCAUGGAAAAUGGAAUUAUUAAAUAGAACUCGGACUGUGUCUAUAAAAAAUCAUGUAUAUUUAUCUUUCCUGAAAAAUACUGAAGAAUCAAUAAGCCUAGGGAUCGUAAAAAAUCAAUAAGCCUAGGUAUUCUGAAAAUUACUUCAGGGGAUGGGCUUAUUACAGGACAAUGAAAUUUGAUGCAACAAAUAAAGUAUCAAUAGAUCAGUAUAAAUUAAGCAUGAGUACAUACAUAAACUAUGUGAAGUACCAGAAUGUGCUUGCAAUAAUAACAUCACAGUAUUUACUUUGUAUGGAAUUGGAUUCCACCUUUUGUGUACUUCAGGUGUAGAAAAAUUGAGUCAGUUGCCCUGAAGCCCAGUAACAGACGACAUUAAUUGAAUAAAUUUAGAAAGUUACUAUGAGGCUGUUGUGAUUCUCUCGCCUAAAUAUGUACUCAUGUUACAAAGGUCAGAAAUCUGGAGAAAUUUGACAAUCAGUGAUUUAAUUGUAGUGAAGUCAGUGAGGUGGAAAUUAACUGUUUUAUGUUUAGAGGUCAACUAGUCAUAUCAAUUGCUUGUGUUCCACAUUUUAAGUGUAGUUGUAUAUGGUUGCAUACUGUGAUACUAGUAGAAUCCAUUGUAAUGUACUUUUAACACUGUAGUAUAUUUAUAAAAACCUGUAUUUUAUUUAUGAAUUAAAAAGUAACAUGAAACCUAAA